CGCAUGCGCAGUCCAGCAGCCCUCGUUCAUCGCGACCCGAGAGCCGCAGUGAUGCCAGUAACCCUCUAGGAUGCUCGAUACACGGAUGGGUUUAUCACCGUCUGUUUCAGCCACAUGUCUUUAAGCGGAUCCGGUUAAAUCUGGUGUUUGUAAAAAGGUGUUUUCCGCGGCACGGAAUAACGGGAUCGCGCGACCUUGCGCUGAAUGUCAUUAGAAAGGGGCUUUAAUCUCGCUACGACCAUUAGGAUUUGAGUCUCAGCGAUGGAGAUUAUAAAGCAUAUAAUCAACGACACAGUCGAAUUCUACAGAUGGAGUCUCACCAUCGCAGACAAGCGUGUGGAGAAAUGGCCAUUGAUGGACUCUCCGCUCCCCACGCUGGCCAUCAGCUCCUCGUACCUGCUGUUCCUCUGGCUGGGGCCCAAGUACAUGCAGGGCCGAGAGCCCCUCCAGCUGAGGAAGACCCUCAUCCUCUACAACUUCAGCAUGGUUGUCCUUAACUUCUUCAUAUUCAAAGAGCUCUUCCUUGCAGCGCGAGCGGCCAACUACAGCUACAUCUGCCAGCCUGUCGACUACUCAGACGAUCCCAAUGAAGUGAGGGUGGCAGCAGCUCUGUGGUGGUACUUUAUUUCUAAAGGUGUAGAGUACCUCGACACUGUGUUCUUCAUCUUACGCAAGAAGUUCAACCAAAUCAGCUUCCUGCACGUCUAUCACCACUGCACCAUGUUCACUCUGUGGUGGAUCGGCAUCAAAUGGGUCGCCGGGGGACAGUCGUUCUUCGGGGCUCAUAUGAAUGCAGCCAUCCAUGUCCUGAUGUACUUGUAUUAUGGGCUGGCCGCAUUCGGUCCGAAAAUACAGAAAUAUCUGUGGUGGAAAAAGUAUCUGACCAUCAUUCAAAUGAUCCAGUUUCACGUCACCAUCGGCCACACGGCUCUGUCUCUGUACUCCGACUGUCCGUUCCCUAAGUGGAUGCACUGGUGUCUGAUCGGAUACGCCCUCACCUUCAUCAUCCUCUUCGGGAAUUUCUAUUACCAGACGUACCGCCGCCAGCCCCGCCGCGAGACCACGGCCAAACCCGGCAAAGCCCUUCAUAACGGAGCCGCCAACGGAGCCCUGAGCUCCAGUAACGGAAAGACGGACGAGAAACCGGCCGAGAGCGGCAGGAGAAAGAGGAAGGGCAGAGCGAAGCGUGAUUAAAACGGCUGGCAGGUUAAAGAUCAGGAGCUGUUCGCACGCCUGCAGUCAGUCACUAAUUGUUAUGAACAAACGAGGGAGAAAAAUGAGCCUAGAUGUAGAGAGACUGAACAAUAUUCUUCCUUACCGUCCAAUUCACCCAAAAAUCAUUUACUCACCCUCAAGUUGUUCUAAGCCUGUAUGAGUUUCUUUCUUACGUUAAACACAAAAGAAGAUAUUUUGAAAAACGUUAGUAACCAAACAAUUGACGGACGCCAGUGACUUACUAAAAUACUGUGGAAGUCAAUGGCUACCGGCAACUGGUUGAGGAGAGUAAAUGAUGACAGAACGUUUUUUUUCUUUCUUUUGUUGAACUAUCCCAUUAAGUGUAGCACAUUGUUUUUUAUGUAUCUGCCUUUUUUACAUUGCUGUCCUAAUGCCAGAGAAGACCCACGUCUCAUCAGUGUUCGAUGAUUAUAAGAAAGACUUUAAGAUAUCAGUGAUUUUCCUUCAUUUAUUAUAGUGAGGUCUAAAAGUCCACUAGUGGCGUUUCUUCACUGAUUAUAUUAUCAGCAGGACAGUACGAGUGAAAAGUUGAGUCAGAAUUGUAGAUGAAUGUCUCCAGCAUGAUUUGAGAUCCAAAAAGCAUCUUGGAUAAAGAAAAUGACCAUCUGAGUCACAUGAUCAGUGACACUCGUUUACUUGCAGUACAUCUGAUUAGUCACGUUGUGCACAGUCUGAAAUGUUUCAUUUUCAUUUUACAGACUUUGGGACCUCACUGUAUAUCGGUUAUUUGUAAAGCAUAUUUAAGUGUCUGUUUAUUUGAAGCGUUCAUGUUUCAUGUCAGUUGUUUAGCUGCUGGCAGGAUAUGUUACCAUCGGUCCUGUACUUUAAACGGAUACCGUGCAGCUUCAGCUUCUCAGAAUUAAGCAUGCAGCGUACCAAGGCCAAUGACUGAGAAUAUACAUGUAUACUGUGUUUUUGUUCAGAAUCAGUCAAAGCUCCAACAUGAAUGACAGGAAAGAUAAACGUCAGUUCAGUGCUUCUGCAGCCUGGCUUUGAAAUAGAUCAGAUAUCAGACCAAUACUGAUCUUUUAGAAACUGAUAUGGCUAGGACGGAUGCAUCAUGCAUCAGCAUCUGAAGUGUCUCAUGGGAUAAAAUAGCUUUUAGUUUUAUUGGGAAGUGAACACAUCACAUCAUCUGAACUAAACAGGAUUGGGAAAUGUUUGUAGCUACAAUACUGCAUUGUGCAUAAAUAAAGUCUUAGGCUCCACGUCAUUGUUUUUCAUUACGAAUAGUUCCUGAAGUGUAUCAUGUGUUUUGUCUUGAAUUUUUGUAAUGUUGUAUAUCCGGUGCAAUUUUGUACAUUGUGCUUUUAAAAACGCAAUGAUCAUCAACUGCUCGUUUUCUUUUCAAAUGACAGAUAAACAUUGCUGUAUGUAAAAAUAAAUUAAAUGCCAAUGCAUAGUCACUGUUA